AUCAAAAAUUCAAAUAUCCAGCCAGUCAGCCACCACCACCAACAAUUUUCAUUCUCAAUUUCUCCUAUAUCUCCUAACACUCCACUAUUCUGCAGUGUUUAAUAAUUCAUAUUCCAAUUGGGUGAUGGCGGCUUAUGGUGCUGCGGUUUCUCUCAAGAAUACCAUUCAGAAUCUUCUACAAUUUCGCAUCUCGCUGAUUCCUCCCUCUCCACAUAUCUUACAAUCCGCCUAUGAUGCUAUGUGUUGCUUGCAGAAAGUUCUGAGAAUAUUGGACCGCACUGGCUACAACAAGAUCAGGAUGAAGGUGAAUGCUUUGGACGAACAAAUCAAAGAGGUCAUAUGGGACUUCGAAGAUAUACUAGAAUCCCAUGUCUCUGGUCAGAUUCUUACACAACUCGAAAGCUCACGCGGUGAGAGAGAUCACCUGUCUUUCUCCGUAGAUGUGCGGAGCCUACAGCGCUGUGCUGAUUACUUACUCGAGAGGUUGACGGCGAUGGAGGUGGAGUAUGGUGUUGAACUGGAGAUUAUGCCUGAAGAAGAAGGCGAACUCAUUUCCUCAAGAAUUGAUUUUGCUGGAAUCAACUCAGAGAUGGUUGGAUCGUCUGAGGAAUUUGAACGAGUCUGGGAUUAUCUACUUGCAGAAGAAGAAGAUGUUAUUAACUGGAUAUCUGUUAUUGGGAUGGCAGGGGUUGGAAAGACAACUAUGGCGAAGAAAGUAUUCGAUGAUCCAUCUAUCCAGACACAUUUCGAGCUUCGAGCAUGGGUCAAAGUGGGCAGAAAAUGUGAAUCCAAUGAAACAUUACGAUGCAUUCUAGCUCAACUGGAUCCCAACAUUCGCCAUCAAAUGCUUACCCAAGGAGAGGGCGACGACAACUUUGAGAAAUUAGUUGGAGUUUUGGAAGAGAGAUUGAAGAAUAAGAAAUGUCUCAUUGUGUUGGAUGAUGUAUGGGAAUGGGACACACGACUAAUGGAGAGAUUGUCACAAGAGAAUGUUCGAAUCUUGCUUACUAGUAGGCUAAGAUUUGAUGAAAAAUCUCCAUCCUUUCGUAGAGAGAAUUAUUUAAUCAAACUUCGAAGUUUGUUAAGAGAUAAAGGAUCUCCAUUUCAAGUAGUAAGCUUGUUGAAUGAUGAAGAAGGUAAAAAAUUACUAGGUGAGAAGGUGUUCGGUGAGAAGGGUUUUCCUACUGAGCUAGAUAAAUUGGGAGAGAAGAUUGCUAAAAAAUGUGAAGGUCUUCCACUUAUGAUAGUCACAAUUGCAGAGCUCCUAGCUAAAGAAGACAAGACCCCAGAAUUCUGGACUGAGGUAGCCGAAAAACAACAUAAUUCCGUCUUCGAGGAUGCAUAUGAUCAAAUAUCUAAGGUACUUUUCCCAAGCUAUGAAUACUUGCCUCAGUAUCUAAAAAUGCACUUUCUCUAUUUGGGAGCUUUCCCUCCAUAUAGUAAUAUAGAUGCAAUAAAGCUCUUCGAUCUUAUGAAAGCGGAAGGGUUUGUUGAACCGAUUGAAGCAAACACAUUCAAAGAUUAUACAACAGAAUGCGUUGAAAAGCUUUCUGACUCGUAUCAUCUUAUUCUAUACGGAGCAAAUCCAAGAUUUAGGUUUUCAAGCAACAAUUUUCGCGUGCAUUCUUGCUGGCAGCACUUGUGUAGGAAAGAAGCUAGUAAGACCAAGUUUUUGCAUAUUUUACAAAGUUGUGAUGAUGUUGUGAAAGAUCAGCGUCGUUUGGGUGCCCAUUGCAACACUCUAUUUGCCUUCCAGAAAGUGUAUAAUUCAAUAAAAAGUGACUGUGCAUCAACAGUCCGUUCUCUCCUUUGCCAUGGUCCUUAUCACCAAUAUCCUGUGCCAAUACAUGCUAUGGAUUUCAAGUUACUCUCGGUACUAGAUGCUCUCAAUGUCCGUUUUUACCAUGUUCCACUUGAAAUUCUGAAACUAGUUUGUCUAAAGUACCUUGCACUAACUUGCAACAACGAGCUUCCGGGUUCCAUAUCCAACCUUUUCCACCUUCAAUCAUUGAUUAUUGGACAACAUACGAAUAUUAAAACGCGUGGUAGUCACUCAUAUAUGCCAGUGGAAAUAUGGGACAUGCAAGAACUACAACAUAUUGGUAUCUAUGGAAGAGACCUACCCACUCCCAACUCUGAUGCUACAUUAGACAAACUUACCAUGGUUAUGGGUGUGAGUGCAAAGAGUUGCACUAGUGAAAUUCUCAAAAGAAUCCCUAAUUUAGAGGAUAUAGUAAUCCGCAUGGAGUUGAAGCCUUAUGAUGACGAUGAUGAUGUUGAUUAUUGCAACACACUAAGUACCCUGGGUAAUAUAUCUGUAGAACUCCAGAAGUUGAACCGACUUGUGUAUGUUGUAAGGAACCCUGAGAUGAAGUAUGAGUUAAUGGUUCCUCUUCAAAUGUUCCCAUCAAGUCUGACAUUUUUGCGGUUGAGUGGGUUAGGGUGUCCAUGGAAGCACAUAAAUGACAUUUGUUCGCAGCUACCAAAUCUUACACGUCUCUUCCUAGAAGAGUAUGCCUUUAGAGGUCCGGUGUGGGAGAUCGAAUCAGGAUGCUUUUUGAAACUUGAGAGACUUGUAAUUGAAGACGCUGAUUUGGUAAUAUGGAGUGCUCAACAAGGAAGCCUCCCAAUGCUUAAGCUCCUGAGGUUAGGUCAUUGCUACAAAUUACUAAUGAUCGAUUGGAGGCGUGAUCCAUCAAUGGGCCAAGCAACAAUUGAAUUAGUUGAGUGCAAUCCCUUAGUUCUCGUUCCCACCAGCCUUUUACCCGCAGAGCUCUUCACAGUUCGUUACUCAUUUUCCUUUUUAGAUGCGACGUAAUAGCUAUACUCUCAGCUUGGUUAACAGGCAAUUAAGACAGCAGAAGGGUUGAGGUGCCACAUUAUCCCAUCAUUUCACUUGUAUUACCAUGUUUUUUUAUGUUAAUUUAAGAGUAUUGGUUUGUUGUAAUUAAAGAGUAUUGGUUUGUUAUAUGUUGUUGAGGAUUAUGUUUGAUUUGUCUGGAAACAUUUGAUACUGGUAGUAGCAUCGGGUGACAGCAACGAGGAUGAAACAGGAGCUGGUGAUGAGUGGAAGAAGCUGGGACGUCCGAAGAGGCAAUCAAAGAAGCCCGUGCAACUUCAGGAUUAAGUUUCUUGUUGUUUUCGAUAUUUUAUUAUUAAUGUCUAGCUGAACUAUUUUUAUUUUAAACAAUUUGAGUCGAGCGUAUUAUAAGCUCCGUUUCGGGUUUUCUUGUUGGUUCUUUCCCGGAAUGAUCGAGUCGAACCAAACCUAGGGUCCUUAGUUAUUAUAAAUAGGGAUUCUGUGCAUUGAAACUCAUUCAUUCAAUAAAUCAGAAUUUACCUAAA